UCGUGCGGCUGAUGAUGAACGCGUCGUUAUUCUUGAUGCGGCAGGUGUACCGUUCCUGACGCAGUCUUCAGCCGUCUGCUGUCACCCCCUCGCACGCGCUCCCCGGUUAUUUACCGGGCAACAGUUGCAUCAUUUGUCAGCCGGUGCGGUACAACAGUCCUGCUUCGCGGCACCUCGAGAACGCGGCAUCACGCAUUUGCGCGCGCGUUGCACGUUCCGUCGGUUCGGCUCGAGCGCGGUGAGUCAGUGAGGCGGGAUUGGAUUGGUCGCCGUGCGUCGGUCGGUCCUCGUUCUGUUGGCGGUACCGUAACCGGGCGGCAUGGAACGGAAUGCGGGCAACGAUUAAAGCCGGUCACACGGUCACAGAGACCGACACUCGCGUUCGCGGCUUUAUUCGUUUGUGUUUUGUGUUUCCUGUAAGGCUGGAAAGAUUGACGCGUUAAGAAGGUUAUUCGGAGGCAGCGCUCACCCUGGAAGCACCAUGGCCAGGGGAAGCGAGGAAUCUGUGAAUGGAUCGUGGAAAAAGCAAGUGGAUGACAUCAGGAAGAUAUUUGAGUUUAAGGAAAUCCUCGGGACUGGGGCGUUUUUGGAGGUGGUCCUGGCCCAAGAGAAGGCCACAGGAGAGAUGUACGCCGUGAAAUGCAUCCCCAAAAAAGCACUAAGAGGAAAAGAGAGCGGAAUAGAAAACGAGAUUGCAGUGCUGAGGAAGAUCAAGCAUGAGAACAUUGUGGCACUGGAAGACAUUUACGAGAGCCCCACUCAUUUGUAUCUUAUUAUGCAACUCGUGUCAGGAGGGGAGUUGUUUGAUCGUAUCGUAGAGAGGGGUUUCUACACCGAGCAGGAUGCCAGCGCUUUAAUCAAGCAGGUUUUGGAUGCGGUGAACUACCUGCAUUCACUGGGGAUAGUCCACCGAGACCUGAAGCCGGAGAAUCUGCUCUAUUUUAACCCUCAUGAAGAAUCCAAGAUCAUGAUAAGUGAUUUCGGGCUGUCCAAGAUGGAGGGCGCAGCCAAUGACAUUAUGUCCACAGCCUGUGGGACGCCUGGAUAUGUGGCUCCAGAGGUAUUAGCACAGAAACCUUACAGCAAAGCUGUGGACUGCUGGUCUAUAGGAGUGAUUGCUUACAUUUUGUUGUGUGGAUACCCUCCGUUUUAUGACGAGAAUGACUCCAAACUGUUUGAGCAAAUACUGAGAGCAGAAUACGAGUUUGAUUCCCCUUAUUGGGACGAUAUUUCUGAUUCAGCUAAAGACUUCAUUAGUAACCUGAUGCAGAAAGCUCCAGAAAAGAGGUUCACUUGUGAUGAGGCUCUUCGGCAUCCCUGGAUAGCUGGUGACACUGCUCUCUGUAAGAACAUCCACGAAUCAGUCAGCCGACAGAUGAAGAAAAACUUUGCCAAAGCGAAAUGGCGACAAGCAUUCAACGCUACCGCAGUGAUCAGACAUAUGAGGCGCCUUCAGCUCGGCAGCAGUAUGGAUUCCUCUCAGCACAGGAAGAAUCCAACCUCCAUGCCAGGGAAGAGCCAGUCGGUCGAUGUUUCCUCAGUCCACCGCAGCGACUCCCUUGAGGAGGGUGUUAUCUUUGUCUAGGUUCAUCCACGAAAGCGUCAAACUCUUCCUCGAGGACGCCCGAGCGGCACACGCGGCCAUCCACGGUCACCACCAUCAUCACCGGCUCCAAAUGACAUCACUUCCUGUCAGACCGCUCACUUGACCGUUUGCACUUUGUGGAAAAGAUGUGUUUUCUUCUUUUUAAUGGUAACUUCCAUCGUCCACAGUCGCCCAAUCAAACCAGUUCUCCUUUUCUGGAAAGCCGAACGGCUCGCUACGAUUCAUAAACAGCGGCCUGCUUGAAUUUAGGGGACUCUCGAAUGGAGGCGACGAACCUUGAGAUGAAGAACAUCAGCUUGAGUCUUAAUAGAAGGUGUAGAUAAAACGAUUUGCGUUCAUCAAAGAGUUCACGUAACGUUUUGCUGCUUUAUUUCAACCCGCUGCUGUUUUAAAGAACCAAACGAUAAAGGCCAGAUUUACCAAUAGCCACGUUUAUUGUCAUCCAAUACGUAGAAAUUCGGUCUUGGGUGCGACUGGCAUUUAUUAAUAAGAGAAUGAAGGAUGUCAAUAUUGUAUAAAGAAACGGAGACGUUGAUUUGAAUGUUUUUAUCAGCAAUUUGUUUAUAUCAGUGAAAGAAUCUGGAGUGAUUUGUGUGUUAAAAUGAUGGUGAAAGCACUAUUUUGUGUAGGUUUUGGAUUAGUUUUGUAAGCUUUGCUUUUUUAAAAUGACUUUUGGUCACACUUUACAUUGCAGUGAUUAUGUUGCGUCGUAACACUUGGUGUAAAUUUAUUGCUAUCGCCACUUAAAUUACUAUCAAUAGUACGUUAUUAUUAAAUAGACACUGUAAUGUAAACUGUCAUCAUUCUUUGAAUUGUGGCUAACGGGGAGAUUGAUAAACGCUCGACCAAUAACGUGUUUGUUUUAUCACAGAUCUAUAUGAAAAGCGCCAGCUUCAGUGAAGGACAUAUGUAUUUGCCGAUCUUGUGUUUCAGUGAAGAAAACGAAAACGGCUGAAAUUGAACACACCGUCCGCUGUGCGAAAGCAAACACGGCAGUUUUUUCAGUUGAACUGAAGCUGUUUUGAUAUGAUGUGUCCGCUGAUAUACGACCGUGAGAGAUUCAAACAGUUUCUGCUCUAAAUCUUGCAUGUCAUCCUGGUCUUCAUGCCGGCCCUCUGAAUUUAGCAGCUGAGUGUCGGUUCUUUCGUUCAGGUCGCAGAAAUGAUGUAAGCAGUGUUUUCUCUUUAGUAGAUUUGUUCUGUGGUGAGUGUUUUUGGUGAGUGUAUGGUUUCAAAUUUUCAUUAAAGAUGAAGAUAACACCA